GUUUGCCUUAAGAAAAGGAUGUCAUUCUGAUGUGGAGUCUGGAUACUCUCUCUAUUCCACUGACUCUGACGAUCGGGUUGAUACUAUUCAUAAUGGACUUGACCGUUGUGCAGCUUUACUGAAGAAUAUCUUACAAAAUGAGGCUACAGGAAGGGAGACUAUCCACAAGCAACCUGGGAAAACAACUUCUGCUAAAAUUAAUUCCAAGCCUUUGCUAAACAAAGGAAAUACUUCCAAGAAGAAAGGGUUGAAAAAAACCAUUACUCCUGCCCACGUCCGAAAAGAAAUUGUGCCAAUAUCAAAUAGAAAACGUGCCUCGUCCACCACACCUUCUACCGAGAAAGAACUUUCCAGCGCAGCACAGGAUCAGAUGGUUCAACCAGUUCAUGUGCCUUGCAGUCAACACUCUCCUGUGAUGCAUCAGAAACUGUGUGAGCAUGUGCAAACUCAGAUGUCUCUGAUAACUGGAUGUCAAAAUGUUGCAGCUUUUAAUUAUCGAUUACCUACCUCCACACCAGCUCUGUCUGGGCAGCAUUCAGCUAAUUCCUUAUCUACUCAGUCAGAUGUUCCUGUAGACAGUGGCAAUGAAUGUGUGCUAGAGAUGGGAGGACCUGUGGUUUGCCCACUGGUUUCUGCUGCUCCUACUGCUGCUGCGCAAAUACAGUCUGCCACUGCUCUUCCUAAUGUGAUCCCUUGUAUAGCAUCAGGUGCUUCAAGUAACUGUACGGUGCCUACAUUCAUCCCCUCAUCUUCUGGCAGAGAGGUGACCCCAAAGCAUGAGCAACAGAUAAAAGAAGCAGAUUUGAUAAGAUGCAUACAAGCUCACCUGGCCCUGUUACAAUCACAUGAAAUGAUGAACAGCAGGACUGAACAGAAGCACCAUCAUCAUUGUCCAGCAAAACAUAAUGCUUCAAGUAACAAGGAGGAGGAUACUUCUGAAGAACACAGUGAGGACAUGGUCAGUGAAGAAGACGAAUUGAAUGUCCUUGACAUAGCCCCAGUGAGAGAUUCAAGCUGUAAGACAAGUUUUGUGAAGAAAGUUCUAAAAUCUCGAAAAGAAAGUCCAGAAGAAACAGCCAAUAAAGUUAAGACUGUAAAAUAUCUUCUGGGAGAGCUCAGAGCACUGAUAACAGAUCAAGAUGAUUCGGAAAUGUUAAGGCUGAUGAGUGAAAUAGAAGACUGCAUAUCAUUGCUCCCAGCUGUAGCGGGAAGUAUGAAUAUACAAGCUGAAAUAGCACUAGCUUUACAGCCUCUCAGAAGUGAAAAUGCUCAGCUGCGUAGGAGACUUAGAAUAUUAAACCAGCAACUUGGGGAACGAGAAAGAAGUGAGAAGGCAUCUGGACAGAACUGCAGCUAUGAAUUAGUUUCUUUGCAGUCCUUGAAUAUGAUGCUCCAGAGUCAAUUGAAAGAAUCACUGAAAGGCCUUGAGUCACUACAGGCUAAAAAUGAAGAACUACUUAAAAUAAUAGAAAGUCAGAAAGAAGAAAAUAAACAUCUUGCAAAAGAUAUUCAAGAUAAAGAAGAAGAAUUGCUUGAAAACAAACAGCAUUAUGACAUUCAUUCCACCAAGCUCAAGAUUGAAGUAGAAGAGGCAUUAGCAAACGUGAAGAGCCUUCAGUUUAAGCUGGAAGCUUCAGAGAAAGAAAAUAAGAUUUUGGGCAUAACAUUACGUCAGCGUGAUGCAGAAGUUAACAGGCUGCGUGAAUUAACCAGGACCUUGCAGGGCAGUAUGGCCAAGCUUCUGUCUGACCUCACAGUAGACAACGUUAGACCCAAACCUGAAAAAGGUCUCUCGAAGUCUCUUUUGGAAGACCAUGAAAAGCAGAUACAACCUGAUCCGUUUCCUGGGAGUACUUCAGUAAUGACUUACCUUAAAAAAUUAGAAAUGGAUCAUAUUUUGACAGAUACAGAACUUCAGUUCUCAAAUAGAAGUGGAGAAUUAGAAAUGCAAAAUCUAGCGUAUGAAAAGUUUGCUGCUGAAGGAAGUAAAAUAAACAGUACAUUCUCAGAAGGAGGAACAUCAGCUCCCAGAAUACUACUGACCUCACUGAAACAAGAUGCAGAAACCGUUAGUGAUUCUGGGACUUUACUAGAUGACCAAAACAAGUUAGAUGAGACUGUUUAUAUUCCAUUGACUAGCAGUGCCUCAAAAAAACAGCAGCCAAUCUCUGAAAGAACUGGUGUGCUACCCCAAAGUAGAGGAGCUUGUAAGAUGUUAGACUACCACUGUGAGCUCUCAAACUAUGUGCAGCAGAAUGGAUGUGAGAUUGCAAAGGAUCCAACUAUUCUGGAUAAAUUAAAUGCUGGGUACAGUGUGAAAAAGACUGUGGAAAAUACGCUUGAAGUUACAGGGGAUAAAGUGAAGCCAGAAGGAGACGAAGUCCAAAUGAGGCCAAAAGGCACUCCAAGUGGAGCUGCAAAAGACUUCACAGAUAAACAAGACCAACCUCAGCCUGGUACAUACCCUUGCGUACCAAUGCUAUUUCCGAAAGGGAUUUCUCAGAAAAAAGGCAGUGAAAUAGCUGGGUUUAGUUCCAUUUCGUUUGAUGAUAUGUCAGGGAAGUCUGAAUGGAGUGCAUCCUCUUUCUCAACAUUUACUUCUCGAGAUGAAGAGGACUUUAAGAAUAGCUUAGCAGCCUUGGAUGCCAACAUAGCUAGGUUACAAAGAACUCUGCAAAAUAGCAUUAUGAAACAAUGA